AUGGACCCUUUAGCCAAUAUUAAAAAUGAAAUAAAUUUAAUGAAUCAUAGAAUUUCAUCAUUCGCUACUUAUGUAAAUUAUCAAUUGUUAGAAUUUAAACAGAGCAUGUCAAAUAUUGAAUUAAUGUUACAAGAAAAUAUUGAAUCAAAAAAAAAAACAAAAACAGAUACAGAACCAAAUUCACCAACAAAACCACUUUCAACAUCAAUUCCAACUACAACAACAGCAGCAACUAGUCAAUCAAUCACUUCAACAAGUUUAUCAUCCUCCUCAUCAUUAUCAAAUCAAAUUGCACAACCACCAAUAAUAAAUGGACAGGUAUUAAAUUCUUCAAUUUUAACUCCAACAUCAAGAAAAAAACUUUCAUUAGUUGACAUAGAUAAAAACAAUUAUAAUAACUAUAAUAAUAAUAAUAAUAAUAAUAAUAAUAAUAAUAAUAAUAAUAAUAAUAAUAAUAAUAAUAAUAAUAAUAAUAAUAAUAAUAAUAAUAAUAAUGUAACAACAACAGAUAAAAAAGAAGGAGAAAAGAAUGAAAAUGAAAAUGAAAAUGAAAAUGAAAAUGAAAAUGAAAAUGAAAAUGAAAAUGAUAUAAUAGAAGAAGAUAAAAUAAUAGAAAAAAUGGAUGAAGAAUUAGAAAAUGAACAAGUAGAACCAGUAGAACAAGUAAAACCAAAAACUCAAGGAGGUAGAAAAAAAGUAUCUAAAUUAACAUUAGAUUUUGGUAUUGGUAAAAGACCAGUUAGAACUAAAACAUUAACACAAUUAGGAAUUGCGUUGGAAAAAGAAGAUACUCCAAAAAAGAGACAAAGAAAAUAA